UGUCAAGCCAUACACACGCACACUACCGUACUGUCUCUAAGCAAGAUUUGUUUGGACAACGAAUGAAUCUGAAAUUCCACAGAGACGGAAACACUCAAAGUAUGGUGACUGUAAUAACGAGCAGGACCAAAGUGAAUCGGUGACAGUAGACUGGUUUGACACAGGUUUAUAUUAGUUUCAGAAGGAGAAAGGGGGGGUGAAAAGGUUUUCCGGUUGAAGCGUUGCAGACUAGCUAACGUUAAGCUAGCCUCGGGAGUUCUCCAACCGGCUUCAUUAGCUUAGCUAGCCAGCAAGCUAACACUAACAAGCUGUUGUAGCUGCGUCGCACUCGAGGAAAGCAGUGGCAGCUUGUUUGGAGGUCUUUAAUUUGGUUGAAAUUUAAUUUUAGCACCGACUAGUAUGAUGUCUUGUGGUAGCUGUUGCGAAGUAGUGAGAGCUUUGUUAAGGUGAAGUGUCAGACGAGGGGUAACGUUAGUGAGGUUGGGUUGCUCAAAUAGUUAUGAGCAGUUUCAACAUAAACGUUACAAACAAAAUCUCUUUGAACACCGGCGGUAAAGGUUCAGCGGUCAGCGUCGACGCCGCCAACAACAACAAGGAGUGGAAAUUGGGAAACGAUGUGUUUUCGUGCUGUCACGAGAUGAGUCCCAUGGACGAUACGGUGCAGGCAGGGAUGUCCUCAGUCCAGUCGGGACUGGACGGACACCUGCCGAUUCUACACGCUAGUCAUCACGGCACGCAGGACGGGUUGUUGUUGGACCUGGGCUCCCCGACAGCCUACCUCGACAGCAGCCCCCUGGAGUACAGCGACAGUGACGGACACAACGCUGGUCCGUUGUUCGAGAGGAGGAAGAGGUCAAGGUCCAACAGCUCCAGACACCGCUACAAUGAGGUGGUCACGGAGCUCGGUCCGGAGGAGGUGCGUUGGUUUUACAAAGAGGACAAGAAAACUUGGAAGCCCUUUGUCGGGCAUGACUCACUUAAGAUUGAGCGUAUGUUUCGGAAAUACUGUGAGCUGAACCCCGGUGUAGCGGGCUCACAGGCCAGCAGUGGGGAGGAAGAGUGCGGUAAUAACGGUGUGGAGAGUAAAGGGCUGAACGGUGCGGUGCCGGUGGAGACAAGGACCAGCAGUGUGCACGGAGACCUUGGGUCCCCGGACACAUCCACCGUGUCCUUGGAUGAGAAGGACCCUGACAGCAUUGAGAUGAACGUAGAGCCUGUUUGUGUCCGUGGAGGACUCUAUGAGGUGGAUAUUAAAGAGAGGGAAUGCAAACCUGUUUACUGGAAGCAACAAGACCAUAUUCCAGUCAUGAGAGGCCAGUGGUUUAUUGAUGGUACCUGGCUCCCGUUAGAGGAAGAGGAAAGUGACCUCAUCGAGCAUGAGCACCUGAACCAUUUCCGUGGGCAACAAAUGCAGGACACCUUCGAGACGGACUUGGUGGUCAGGACUGUUGAUAGCAAAGAUGUUCUCUCCCACCUGCCCCCUUUCUACCUCCCUUUUCUGUUCAAAUGGAGUGGAUAUCAGACGAGUGCUAGAACUACAUGUCACAAGCGCAAACGUUGCCAAGCCAUCCAUAGUCUGAAGCUGAGUCGGACCCAUGUGGAUUGGCACAGCGUCGAUGAAGUAUACCUCUACAGCGAUGCCACCACUUCCAAAAUUGCACGCACCGUCACCCAGAAACUGGGCUUCUCCAAAGCCUCCAGCAGUGGAACACGGCUCCAUCGGGGUUAUGUUGAGGAGGCCUCACCUGAGGACAGACCCCCUCAGACUACACACAUAGUCUUUGUGGUCCAUGGAAUUGGACAGAAGAUGGACCAGGGGCGCAUUAUUAAAAACACUGGAAUGCUGAGGGAGGGCGUGAGAAAGAUGGAGGAGAAGCACUUUUCAGAGCACAAUGACGAGCAUGUGGAGUUCUUGCCUGUUGAAUGGCGAUCUAAACUUGCUCUGGAUGGAGAUACGGUAGACUCAAUAACACCAGACAAGGUGAGAGGACUGAGAGAUCUACUCAACAGCAGUGCCAUGGACAUCAUGUACUACAACAGCCCCCUUUACCGGGAUGAGAUUACCAAGGGCCUCACACAGGAGCUAAACAGACUGUACACACUUUUCUGCUCCCGGAACCCUGAGUUUGAGGAGAGGGGAGGCAAAGUGUCCAUUGUGUCCCACUCCCUCGGCUGCGUCAUCACCUAUGACAUCAUGACAGGAUGGGAUCCUGUGCGCUUCUGUCAGCAGGAGCACCACACCGUGGAAGAGGAGCUGGACAUGCGUUGGAUGUCCUAUGAGGAGAGACACAUUUUAGAGCAGUUACGGCAAACAAGGAACAGGUUACAAGAGCUGGAAAAUCAACUCCUCACACUGGAGGCCUCUAAACCCUUAGCACCCCCAGCCCUCAAAUUUAAGGUGGAAAACUUCUUCUGCAUGGGUUCUCCUCUGGCGGUGUUCUUAGCCCUGCGAGGGAUCCGCCCUGGUACCAGCUGCCACCAGGACCACAUCCUGCCCACCUCCAUCUGCAGCAGGCUCUUCAAUGUCUUCCAUCCCACAGACCCUGUGGCCUACAGACUGGAGCCCCUUAUCCUCAAACAUUAUAGCAAUAUCGCUCCUGUUCAGAUACACUGGUUUAGCGCCACUAACCCCACAUCCUAUGAGGAGGUCCGACCUACCUUCCUGACCCCAGUCAGAGACCCAGCAUCUGACACUGAGAGCAUCCCUAGCCCGAGCACUUCUCCUGUCCUCGCCCGUCGGCACUAUGGAGAGUCCAUCACCAGUCUGGGCAAGGCUAGCAUACUGGGAGCGGCGAGCAUAGGGAAGGGCAUCGGAGGCAUCUUCUUCUCACGUUUCUCCCGCUCUAACAGCCAGCCCUCAGUGUCUUUAGGACUUGAGGGAGGGACAAACACUGAAGAAGAGGAGCAGAAGCGGUCAGAAAGCCAGUCAGCAUAUGGCCUCUCCACCAUGACUCGACCGACCUCACCCACAGCUGACACAUUGGAGCUGGAGCGGCGCAUCGACUUUGAGCUCCGAGAGGGUCUGGUGGAGAGCCGCUACUGGUCAGCAGUGACCUCUCACACGGGCUACUGGUGCUCACAUGACAUAGCACUCUUCCUGUUGACCUUCAUAUACAAGCAGAAGACCACACCCGCUGACCCAGCAGAAGAUACUCCGGAGCCAGACUGAGUCAGCACAUUCGUUACAACACAUAAACACUUGAAUAGUGUCUUCUAACCUUGAAAGGUUGUGUCAUCUUCUUGACAAGACACAAAAAUAAACUUCAUUCAUUUAUUUUUCAUGCACACAAACUGCUCAAAUACACUAAUCACCAUUUUUCCUACAUCUCCCUAUGAUCAAGCUCUUUUAACUCUGGGAAUCAUUACAGACAAACUAAUUCCAAAACGUGCGUUUUUGUCUCUUGUGUAGUUUCUACACAAUUGCACACCCUAAGGGUGACAGUGUUGGACUAGGAACCCCUAAGGAGGUGCACCAUUUGCCAGUAUGACCACAAGCUACAUUUAAACAUUGAAUAUGAGACUAAUGAGUAUGAUGUAUUGAAGCAUAGGUGUUUGUUGUUCCCAGAGGAAGAGAGGUCUAACUUCAUUUCCAAGUCUUCAACCUUAAAGUGUCCAUACAUUUCCUGUUAAUCAGUGCUUAAAUCCAGCCUCUCUCCCACAGACUCAUUCUGGAGCCUUGUGACACACUUGCCUGACCCUCUGUUACUGUGCUUGUGCUUUUUAACUUUUUUCUUUGACUUUUUACAUGAAGUAGAGAGAAAUAUAAUUGUUAAAAAUAGUGGUUUAUCUUUAAAAUAAACAUUUAGCAACUACAACAAUGCCUUUCAAAAUUAGCCAAAUAAUAUUGUUCAUGCAGAAUAUUUCUUUUAGUUUUUCCAAACAAAACCCAAGGGCAUUAACCCUUUAAUAAUGGUUUGGAAGUAUGGACAAAGAUAUAACAAAUACGCUAUUUUCAGUUUGUUUUUCUUACUCUAUUAUUUGCCUCUUUUUAAAAUUGUUUGACUCUUGAAAUAGAUAUGCACCAAACAAAAACCCUAGCAAAGCAUCACUUUUAUAUAAUAUACAGCAAACAGAAUUUCUUUUGGCUUGUAGUUUCUGCAACUCCAUCAUCAAGUACUAGGGACUGAAAUACUCCUACUAACACAACAGUUACUGCUGAAGUUCCUACAGGACAUUCUUAGUUUCCAUGUGACAUUUAUGUUCCGAGGUUUACGACCACAUGAGACUUAUAUCAUGACAUGCAUAUCUGCGCUCCUAAACAAGGCCCGGACAUGUAUAGUUAUUUUCUUACACCCAGUUAGUUUAUGUCUAAAAAUCUCUUUUUGAUGCCAUUUACAAGCUGAGAGGUCUAACUUAACUUAAAACAAUUACAGUCAUUCAUACUAAUUCUCAUUCGUCUAUAAAUCUAUUAUGGAGAGAUUUUUUUUCCUGUGCUGUAGCUUUAUAUUGAUAUACCGAUGAGAUCAGUGGUAAUAGAUUUAUUUUUUUAUUUAAAAAAUAAAUAUUUAUCCUAGCUCAUUGUCAGGCUCUUGUGGACAGAAACCUGCAUCUCAUCUUGGGGAAAAUAGGAUUCAAACUUGCGGCCAAAUAACAUUUAUACUUAUGAUCUGCUCAGCUUUAAUAAUGCUACAGCUAAUUCGGCUAAUUUCUAUAAAAAAGUAAUAGGCCCUCAGUAGAAGCAUUAUUUUUUAUUUUGAGGCUUUUGUGGUACAUUGGACGCAAAAGUUAAUUGUAUCUCGUCUGCCUGUUUUUUUACGAACAUUUCACACUUCCCGGUUUGAGCGUUGUCUUUUUGUUUGUGUGAAAGAAGGGUUUGUUUAGUCUUAAAAUCCAGUGUAUUUUCCAGUUUGUCAUUGCCUAAUUGACACUACUUGCAAAAUUUAAUCUUUUUUAAAAACUGAUAAUUGGAGACAGCGUAUCAUGCUGCUUUUCAUGACUUUUGCCUUAGGUUUGUCUGAGCAGAUAUAAAAAAAACUUUAAGUAAUGAUGGAUCGUAUGUCUGUCAAAUGUGGUCCUUUUUAGAAACACGCCCAGUAAUGAUAAUGCAGAAGUUAGAAAACAUACUCACUUUGCAUGGUUUAUAUUAAUAGCAAAUGGAUGUUAAAACAAGAAGACAUUGCAGAGAGUGCCAACACACAUCUAAGAAUCUGCUUUGUGUUCUUUAUUGAGUAGAAAACCACUCAUGAUUGUUUAUGGAUUUCUAAUUAAAUCAUAAUUUAUUAAACAAUUACAAUGGAUGAACAAAUGGAAUUACCCUCUGAUGAAUGUGUUGGGUUAGUUACAUGUGACAUACUUUAUUAUUGUCAGUGUCAAAUUUUCUUUGUGUCCUACUUGUAAUAUCAUAGUUAUCAAAAAGCUUAUUUUAAUUUGCUACGGUGCAAGCUGCUGUUUUACUAUUCCACACAAUCAAGGGCUGUUGUUGAUUGGUCCACCACUGAAUGGAAUCCACUUAUUGUGUUAUUUAUGCAUCAGCCCUACUGACUGAAACCAGGCUGCCUUUCAGAUGACCAGAAAAAGAAGAAGUAUGGAAGAGUGAUAUUGAAAGUGUCUAUAUUUGAUCUGAUGGAACUUGUCCCUUAAUCAGCUUAGAAUUGCACACAAAUUAAGUAGAAAGCAGCCCAGUUUGCUGAGCAUGUUGUACAUUGCAGCGAUAGCCACACAAAGCAGUUUUUAAAGUUACUUGGAUGGCAGGCAUGCAGUUUACUUUGGAGACCAUAGACCUGUAAUGCAAAAUACAAAGACAGUUCCUCUGUUGCCUCUUUAAGUCAUACUGUGUUCGUUCAAACCGCCAAUAUGUAUUGCAGGAGUGUGGACAGACCAUUGAAACAACAAAUAACAUUUGUGAUUUGGCUGUGUAUUUUCCAUUUUAGCAAUUCUUGAUUCAAGCACAGAUUUGCAGUUGCAUUCACUGCUUGCUAAAACAAACACUAGCAUUAACACUGAGGACUUUGUCAAGAUACGUUGUACUUUUGACUAUAUGGGCAUAUAAUGCACAGCAUUUCGAAUGAUUACAGUAUAUUUUUCUUGUUAAAGGCACCAUAAGCAUCAGGGAAAUAUGUUACAUUUUAUAUAUUCAACACUGUUGUUGACACCAGUUUCAAGCCAUUAUUAAGUAAAAGAAUUGAGCGCUGUCGCAGGAAUGUUGUCAGUCUUUAGAUUUUCAGAGGUUAGUAAAGGGCCUGCAGCCAUAUGUAAUCAGUUAACUGGGUGAGAAAGUGAAAUGUAUCAUGGGUGUAUUGAAUGAAAUGUGUUACAUUUGUAUCAGUUACCAUUGUUGCUCUAACUUUGAAUGGGAGUCUGUCCUUAGAACUGUGCAAUAACCCAUGCCUGUAAUGGAUUCUAACUGCCAUUCCGAAGCACUGUAUUUAUUUCAUUUUAUUAAAGCAUUUCUUUUUUUUGGA